CACUUUAAACAAGUUUUUGUUCGUUGAGAUAAGUAGAGGCAGAGACACCUUUCUUUGCAACGCAAACGCAACUAGCAACGCUUUGAUUUCAGCCUCAUCCACAGCGAGUAAGAAAGGAAGAAAGUAGGUAGUGGAUAUUGAUAGAAACAAAUGAGAUCUGAAGCCUUCCAAACAGCUAACAUUUAUCGCCUUCUUCUCAAGGCGGUCAAGAAACAUAUUGAGAAGGAAGAGAACAAGAAACAUUUUAUAGAAUUUGUAACCUCAGAGUUCCGUAACAACCGAAAUUUGUCUGACAAUGUGGCUAUCCAACAGAAAAUAAAGCUUGCUCGUGAUUAUACUUUUCUUCUUAACAGUGUACACCAUCACAAGGAUUUACUUUUUUCGUACAAUAUUGCCGUGGAUAGGUCAGAUGAAGUAAAAAGGACUCUUGGAAAAUCUGCUUCUAGUGUUGGUCUUCAGCUUCCUGAGGUUUAUCAGCCAUAAUGAUUGUUAGUGUUAAUUUUUGCAUGCACGGAACAUGCCUUUGUACUACACUGUAGAUUUUGGUGGGGUGACUGUUUCUUCUGAAUGAAAAAAAAAAUGGUUUCAUAGCUUUUUAUCCAGAACAAAAAAUCUUAACGAAGAAAAAGAGGAAUGGGAUUCAGUGCUGAUGAAUAAAUUAUAUCAAAUUAUAUCAUUCACUCAUUA